AUGGAUUCGAACUCCCGGAGAAUUGUCCAAAUGCACGACUGGGCGCCCGCGCACGAAGCUAUGUAUCCCGCCGUCUCUUCCUCGCUCCCGACCCAUUCCCCAUCCCCCAGCCAUCUCGUGCCACCCGACCAAGCCCAAAAUCAUUCGCGACUUCGCAGUAUGAGCGUGUCGUUCCCGUGGCGUCAGCGCCCGAAAUCUGCAUUCUUCGGCUCCGUCCACAACAAUGCUUCUACGAGCUCCCAUAACCUGCCUCUCGAGACUAGCAAGAGCCACGGCUUCGGCGCUUUGUUCGACCAACAACACACACUCUCUCAAAAUGACCCCGCGCCGACGUCUUCGAAGCACACACAUCAUCGCGACAGCCAUCUCGGUCUUAAGCGGACACUGCGCAGGAUGUCGGCAUCGCUGAAGGAGGGUGUCAUGGGACUAAUGCACCGGCGGACUUCUGUACCUGCUGGCACCACGUUCGACGGUGAUGGACACGCCGUCAGGCCUCAUCUGAAUCUUCAUGGCAAUAGCUCAGCCCGACCAACGACCUCACAGUCGGCCUGGCACCGCCUGCGCCAUGCGGCCAGCUUCCACCACCGGUACUCGAGAGUCCUGCAUACGGGUUACGGCGAUCGCAUGUUCGAAGACGACCUCUCUACGAUUGAGUCCCCGACUCUGCCUAUCCCUGGUUCUGCCGAACACCCGCCCAUUAUCCCGAGAAAGACUGGUGCCGCUGCCAGACAAGCUGCUGCUAUUGCCUGCAGCGGUAUGCAUGGCUACGAUGUGAUGAAUGUGCCGCCCAUGCCCCGUCCUGGUUGGCUAUCGGAUGAUACGUUCGACGACCACGAGAGUGGCAUCGGCAUCGCGUUGACGAGCUCUGAAAUGGAGGCUUACGUCCCCUGUGACGGAAUUGACUCUGAUGUAGACGUGGAAGCCAGCUUAGCGCGCGACGAAAACUCUAUUGUCAAAGUCGACUUCAUCUCCCAACUGCCAUUGGAGCUGUCUAUCCAGAUUCUGGCACUUCUAGAUGCCCAAACCUUAAUUACGGCCAGCAGAGUCUGCCACCGCUGGCACUAUGUUAUCCAGAACCAGCACAUCUGGCGUGAGUCGUUCCUUCGCGAGAAGACACAGACCUAUGCCACGAGCGGGCCCGUCAAGCCUGGCGCUGGCCUCGGCGUCCCGCCGAUUCAGCCUAGCAACAACUGGAAGGAAAUUUACAGGGUCAAGACCGAGCUCGACAAGAGGUGGAAGGAGGGCAAGGCCCGGCCGGUUUAUCUCAACGGCCAUACCGAUAGCAUCUAUUGCUUGCAGUUCGACGAGGAGAAAAUCGUUACAGGCUCUCGCGACCGCACCAUCCGCGUCUGGGACCUGCAUACCUUCGCCUGCAAGCUCAUCAUCGGCCCGCCCGAAAUUGUCAACGACUGCUCCUAUAACCUGCUCUACGACGAGCACGGCCAACCCGUCCACUAUGCCACGGUCCAUGAUCCUGACAGCCCUCGCGGCCCCAUCCAAGCCUACCAUUCGAUCCCUGCGCUUUACUCUCCCCCGAUGCACCACAAUGCUUCUAUCCUCUGCCUGCAGUACGACGAUCGCAUCUUGGUGACCGGCUCCUCCGACGCAACAUGCAUCGUCUGGACCGUUUCCGGCACCGGCUCAAACGCAGGAUACCGCCCUCUACGUCGCCUGCGUCACCACACGGCCGCCGUCCUCGACCUGGUUUUCGACGAGCAGCACAUCGUGACCUGCUCCAAGGACAUCUCCAUUUGCGUCUGGGACCGGGCAACGGGCGCCCUCCUUCGACAACUGCGCGGCCACUCAGGCCCUGUUAACGCAGUGCAGAUGCGUGGCAACACCAUUGUCUCGUGCAGCGGCGACUUCCGUGUCAAGCUGUGGAACGUCGACACGGGCAAGAACAUCCGCGAGUUCCUGGGCCACACGAAGGGACUGGCGUGCUCACAGUUCUCGGAGGAUGGCCGGUACAUUGCCAGCGCAGGCAACGAUCGCGUGAUUCGCAUAUGGGACGCUAAUACUGGGGAGUGUGUGCGCGAAAUGAAGGCGCAUGAGAACCUCGUGCGUAGCCUACAUGUUGACUCUAUCAGUGGGCGGCUGGUCAGCGCGAGUUAUGAUUCGGAUAUUAAGGUGUGGGAUAUGGAGACGGGCCAGCCGUUGUUGGAUUUCCCGAAGUGGCAUUCUAGCUGGGUGUUGAGCGCGAAGAGUGACUAUCGGAGAAUUGUUAGCUCCGGGCAGGAUCCCAAGAUUCUAAUCCUCGACUUUGGUGCCGGUAUCAAGGGCAUCGAGAUGCUUGAGAGCUGUCGCCGCUCGCCUAAUCUGCAUGAGCAGCCCGGGUACAUCUGA